AUGUCAGGGUCUAUUUCGCUCGCAUCGAAUGCACUUUUCCGUAACCAGUGUUUCAGUUUCCCAUUGGCUGCCAUGGCUACUGCCACGGAUCAAAGCAAGCUGCUGUCGGUGGACAAGUGUCCUUCUCUGUACGAGGCAAACGAUGUCGGUGUCAUACUACCGGAAGUGCACCGUUUGAUCGCACAACAGGAACUAGGCGAAACAGACGAGCGCCGGAAGGAGUCGUUGCGAUUGUUUCGCGAAUGGAUUGCCACCCAUCCGCACAUACGCAGAUGUCGCACGGACGCACUGUUUCUGUUGCGUUUUCUGCGUGCCCGGGCGUAUAAUUUGCAAGCGGCCCAGAUUACUCUUGAACGCUAUCUAACGAUGCGUCAGCUGUUUCGAAUAUGGUAUGAAAAUCUGGAUCCAGCCGAUCGUUACAUGCGUGAGUUGGUUGAGGAUGUGCGGGGCUGCUUGCCGCUUGGGCUGGACAGUAAAGGCCGUAUGGUGGCCUUGGUGAAAGUUCGCAGCUAUGAUGUGACACGUUUCAAUUGCUACCAUCUGGGCCGCCUGCAGCACCUGCUGUUGGAGGCGUUUUUUGACGACGUGGCAGUUCAGAUUGCGGGUGGCGUCGCGAUCGUGGACUGUGAAGGUGCUACCAUGGGACACUUUGUAUGCUUCAAACUUUCUGACAUUAGAAAUUUUAUGGAUUGUCUUGCUCAUGCACUGCCGGUGCGCGUAAAAGAGGUGCACAUUGUUCGUUUGCCCCGCAUUGGCCAGGCCCUGGGGAAUUUGGUGUUAAGCUUCGCGGCCGAAGAGCUACGCAAGCGUAUUUUUUUCCACGCCACCAUGGAUGAUGUUUUGAAACACGUAGACCAGGACCUGUUGCCGGUCGAGUACGGAGGCAAGGCGUGUUCGGAAGAAAUCACUGAUAGUUUGAAACAACGGUUAUCAGGCAAACGUGACACGCUGCUGCUGCUUGAUCGUAUGGAGAUCGAUGUAGAACCGUACACACACCUUUGGCGCCAAACGGACGAAAGUGACGUAGAGUUCGGAAUGGAGAUUGAUUGA